GUUUUAUCCGGACGAUCAUUGCUCCACAGCUCGCUAGAUGUCAGUAGUGUACACGCAGAUCGCGAACCACCACAAAUCAACACGAGAAAAAGAGUAGUUCUCUUACUAAACUUCCGGACAUGGCGGAGAAGAAAAUAGCCGUCCGCUCGCAGGAUCCCAACCAGCGGCGCGUGCUGGACAGCGCCACGCGCCAACGCCGAUUGACCCGCCAGCUCGAGGCACUCGAGAAAGACAACUUCCAGGACGACCCUCACGCGAGCCUCCCGCAGCUCGUCAAGCGGCUGCCACAGUUCGACGAGAGCAACGAAUCGAGCAAGCGGAGGAAGAAGACAAGGGGUGAUCAUUUUAAACAGAGGUUCCGCAAAAACUUCCAGACACUUCUGGAGGAGGAGGACUUGAGUGUUAGUGAGGGUCCAAACUAUCUGACUGCAUGUGCUGAGCCCUCGAAGUUUCCUCAGCGUCAUUUCUGUGCAGUGUGCGGCUUCCCUUCAAACUACACCUGUGUGUCGUGUGGAGCUCGCUACUGCUGUGUCCGAUGUUUAGGAACGCACCACGAGACCAGGUGUCUAAAGUGGACAGUGUGAUCAGUUUGUCUGUCCUGAGCUCCUGUCAGAAGCAAAGCAGGCUUAGGAGUCAUACUGCACUUGUACAAUCUUAUGUUCCUCAAAAGCAUCACAGCCAUUUACCUGCACAAUAAACAGAUUGAGGUGUGGAUGUUAAAAUAACAGUUGGUCUUGCACCCCUCUGUACAACAAAUAGGCUGUACUUCAACUGAAAUUACAUAUAAUCAGAUGAAACGAACAAAGCAUUUGCCAAAAAGAAAGAAAAAAAGAGCAUCUGUUGAAUUGUUGUAUUUGGCGUUAAUUCUGUGCCCAGUAAGCUUUAGUUUGUUUUUAAAUAUAUAGAGAAUGACAGUGAAAAGUGUUUUUGGAAUAAAUUAACCCAGUUGGCAGAAAGAAAAGCCAUCUUAUGGUUACAAAAGCUAAACCAUAUUCUAUGAAAAACAACAUGCUUAUUCAGGGAUGUCUUUUAUCACAAUUAAAGUGGGUACAAUGGUUUUUGUAAAUGAAGUUUUGUCAUUUCACACAAAGUAUUGUUUAAGCUUUUGUAUGUAAAUAUAUGUACAUAAUUGUUUAUCUUAUUGUUAUAAAAUGCUGUUGUCUGAAACAAAUAAAUGACUAGAAGUGGUAAAAA